CCUCGACACCUGCAUUCGCAGAGGAUGCGUGCGCUGAUCUAACUCAUGACAGCCUCAUUCCUCAUGCGGCUCGAGCUCCCGCGUGCAAGGUCGGAGAGGUAAGUUGGUCUGGCACGACGGCAGAGCCCGGCCCAUGUAGUGCAGUGUAGGGUAGUUUGUAUCAUGGCUGCAUACUUUCAUCACGACUCUACUGCCCGAGGCAGCUGUCGCAGGCUGUCACGCUGCUAUCGGCUUCUCGCCCGUUGGAGGGGGAGGGUGAUCGUAGCAUGGAACGAGCCUACAGUAACGGCACCCAAGCAGUCUGAUGAUGACGGAGGAAGCGGGGAACCGUUGCCACACUUUGGCCGUGUAGCUGAUCGUCAUCCCAAAGUCAACGGUGCACGAGCGUGUCGUCCUCGUCCAUCUGCUUCCACCGCUGUGACAACUGCUGUAACCAGGCCGAAUGCAGGUCAGCUGGCCAACAGCCGUCGCAGCAAGUUGGUGACGCAUCAACAAAACAAAGAUUUUUAUCAGCUUCAUGCGCAGAGAGCAGAUCAAUGUAACGUCUCGAGCGUUACAGGUUUCUGCGUUCUUCACCGCCAAUCAUCACCAACGCUCCUUCAUCUUCACUGCCACUGCCACCGCCACCUCCCCUCCCUUUGUCCAGUCCACUCUAUCUUCCUCAGCACUUCCAGAUGCAACAACCCCAACCGACCAAGUUGAUCUGAACAGCAACAUCGAAAGCGGUAGCACUAACGACAGCGGCUGGAGCAUGGUCGUCUACCAGCUGAACCGCUGAAUCGCUGCUCCAUCCUUGCAAAGCUGGUCGCAUCAAGCGCAACAGCUGCGCCUGUUCCUUUCCUGC